CGCAGUGGGGUCUGGGGAGUGGGGACUGGGGAAUGUAUUUGCCGGAGCCUGCACACUCUGCGCAGAGAGAGAGAGCGAAUCGAACCUCUCCAAGAGCACUGGAGCUACCUAGAACGACCCCUCACCCUCACCAAGUCCUAACUGCUCUUAUCCCCACAAAUUGAAAUUCCUUCUACCCUUUGUGCUCUUAGAAAUCCCUUAAAGUCUCGGCAAUCAACCCUAACUCCAUCGCACUCUCUUACUCUCCCUUUUCGGACAGCAACGGCAACAUUUGCAUAGCUAGUAUAGUAUUGGUGGAAGUAGAGGAUGAGAUCCUCUACGGCAUUGUCCCACCGCAACAACCCCGCAUCAUCACUGCCCUCUGUGGUCACCCUUAACUGCAUUGAAGAUUGCGCUUUGGAGCAGGAGUCUUUGGCCGGGGUUGCCGCAGUCGAGUACGUACCGCUCAGCCGUUUGGCCGAUGGUAAGAUCGAGUCUGCCGCUGCUGUAAUUCUCCAUUCCCUCUCUUACCUCCCACGCGCCGCCCAGCGCCGCCUCCGCCCCUACCAGCUCAUUCUCUGCCUCGGCUCCGCCGACCGCUCUGUCGAAUCUGCCCUUGCCACCGACCUCGGGCUCCGACUCGUUCACGUCGACGCCUCUAGAGCCGAGGAGAUCGCCGACUCGGUUAUGGCACUCUUCCUCGGCUUACUGCGCAGGACGCACUUGCUCUCCCGCCAUGGGCUCUCGGCUUCGGGAUGGCUCGGCUCGGUGCAGCCGCUUUGCCGAGGAAUGCGACGCUGCCGUGGCUUGGUUUUGGGCAUCAUAGGUAGAUCUGCCUCGGCUAAGUCUUUGGCUACUAGGAGCUUAGCCUUCAGGAUGAGCGUGCUCUAUUUCGACGUUCAUGAGGGAGAAGGAAAAGUAAGCAGGACUUCAAUAACUUUUCCUUUGGCAGCCCGAAGAAUGGAUACUCUUAAUGAUUUACUUGCUGCAAGUGACCUUAUUUCACUUCAUUGUGCCCUAACAAAUGAAACAGUUCACAUUAUUAAUGCAGAAUGCUUGCAGCAUAUAAAGCCUGGGGCUUUUAUUGUCAAUACGGGUAGCAGUCAGCUGAUGGAUGAUUGUGCUGUAAAGCAGCUUUUGAUUGAUGGCACCAUAGCUGGCUGUGCCCUGGAUGGUGCUGAAGGGCCACAAUGGAUGGAAGCCUGGGUAAAGGAGAUGCCCAAUGUAUUGAUUCUUCCACGAAGUGCAGACUAUAGUGAAGAAGUAUGGAUGGAGAUAAGGGAUAAAGCUAUCUCUAUGUUGCAGACAUUCUUCAUUGAUGGUGUUGUUCCAAAGAAUGCCAUUUCUGAUGAGGAAGAAGAGGGAAGCGAAAUAGCUGAUGAAAAUGAACAAGUUGAUAAGCAAGACAAAGAAAGUGCUCUGCAGGGUUUGGUUGGUGAGCAAUUGACAGAUGAUGUUCUUGUAAGCCCAGAAAGCUCUGAGAAAAAAGGUACUAAAAACUCCAACGAGUCUCCUAGCCAGCACCAGGUAUCAGGUUUGUCUCAAAAUACCACUACCAGAUCUGAAGGAAGGCGAAGCAGAUCAGGUAAGAAGGCAAAGAAGAGACAUACACGUCAAAAGUCCCAGCAAAAAUCAGGCGAAUCCUUGGUACUAGAAAAGGGAAGUACCUUGCUUCAAGAAGAUGAUACUGCCAUGAGUGGCACGGACCAGGCAUUAAGUUCCAGUUCCCGGUUUGCUUCCCCGGACGAAUCAAGAAAUAGAAAAACACCUAUGGAUUCAAUGCAAGAAUCAACUUCUGACCAGCUUUUGAAAUCAAAAAAGAAGCUCAGUGGAAAGUCUGAUGAAUUGUUGAAAGAUGGGUAUGUUGUAGCCUUAUAUGCUAGAGAUCGUCCUUUGCUCCAUGUGUCGAGGCAAAGAGUUAAAAAUGGUGGUUGGUUCCUGGAUACCAUGUCAAAUGUAACAACAAGAGAUCCUGCAGCACAGUUCCUUGUUGUUUUCAGAAGCAAGGACACAAUUGGUUUGCGAUCAUUUGCUGCUGGUGGGAAAUUAUUGCAGAUUAAUAGAAGAAUGGAAUUUGUAUUUGCUAGUCACAGCUUUGAUGUCUGGGAGAGCUGGAUGUUGGAAGGUCCUUUGGAGGCGUGUAAGCUCAUUAACUGUAGAAAUCCGUUGGCUGCUUUGGAUGUACGCAUUGAGAUUUUGGCGGCUGUUGGGGAAGAUGAUGGGAUUACUCGCUGGCUUGAUUAAAUUCUGAGAGUUAAGCUCGCGAACUUUUUCCUGCCCAUGAGGUUUGUAUUAAUCUGAAACAAUCUAAAAGUUGUAAAGCUUUAUUUUAUUUUUUAUUUUUUGCUUUUCUUCUCUUCCAUUUUUUUUCCUAUUUAUAUUUAUAUUUUUAUUUUUUGAAUUUCGGAGGUGUCAUCAGAUUUCAACGCUUUGUCUUCUAGGUUAUUCAUCUCCAUAUGGAUGAAUGUAUAACUUAUAUACAAGAGAUAUACCUUCGAACAUGUGAGAUUUGUUCUGUGGGAAUGUCGUUUAUUAGCUCA